CACCCAGCCACUUGUACCAUUCUCUGAUCCCACAGUCCUGUCAUAUGGAGAGUGUGUCUGCCAGCACAGUCAGACAUCAUGUUCCAUGUGCUGAAUGAGGUAGGAUGAUAAUCACACAGCCCAUGAGAGGAGUACCAGGCAUGGAGCUAUAAAGCAUUGGAAGACAAUGGAUACAUUCCGACCGCCAGCGAUUCUCAGGAUUUGCCUCUGUGUUCUGAUGGUCCUUCACGACAGAAGAUCUCUUUGUGUUGGAAAACCAGUCCACUGCCCUGUUCUGCCGUGCACGGUGGACCUGCCUUGUGAGCUUGAAGGGAACUGUUCAGAGACCAUCGAUCCUUGUAUCUCUCAUCCAUGCCCAUGGAAUGCCACGUGCCAGGUUUCCACCAUUGCCCACACCAAAGAGUGCCGCUGCCCUACAGGGUAUGCUGGAAAGUUUUGUGAAAUCCCAAUGGAGAGAUGUUCAAGGAACAUGUGCGGAAAUGGUGGGGAUUGUUAUGUUGGUGAAGAAGGGCCAACAUGCUUUUGUACUAUGGGAUACAAAGGGACCUUCUGUGAGACGCCAGAAGAUGAGUGUUUGUGGAAUCCUUGUAAGAAUGGGGCUGUCUGCAGAUUGAAGGAAAAGAGACAAGCCUGUUACUGUGUCCCUGGGUAUCAGGGGCCCUUGUGUGACAUUGAGGUUGAUGAAUGUGUCUCCCAGCCUUGUCAACAUGGAGCCACAUGUCUAAACCAAAUUGGGCAAUACAAAUGUGUGUGCCCUCGCGAAUACACAGGAAGAGACUGUGAGCUGGAGUUUAAUGGAUGUUCAUUAGGCCCGUGUCUAAAUGGGGCUACUUGCCACAGUUCUGGACUCUCCUUCUCGUGUUCGUGUCCUUCAAACUUCUAUGGUGACUCCUGUGAGUUUAAUGUAGACGAGUGUGCCAGUUAUCCUUGCCUUAAUGGUGGUCAAUGCUUGGAUGAAAUCAAUGGAUAUACUUGUGAUUGCAGUAUGGUGGGAUUCAUUGGUGUUCAUUGUGAGACCCCCAUAGAACUGUGCUCAUCACAGUCUUGCCAGAAUAAUGCCUCAUGUGUAGAAGCUUCUGGGACUUUCUUGUGUCUCUGCCAAAAAGGUGUCCACUGUGAAGAAGACCUAAAUGAGUGUGAAUCAAACCCCUGUCAAAAUGGGGGCACCUGUGAGAAUACUCACGGCAGCUACAUUUGUCACUGCAAACCCAGUGGAGACACAUCCCCAAAAUACUAUGGUGGAAGAGAUUGCAAUGAACUACUUAUCGGUUGUGAAGGGCAGAUAUGCCAAAAUGGUGGGUCAUGCAUGCCCCAAUUCAUCGAUGGAACUCAUUCCUUCACCUGCCUUUGUCUACCUGGUUUCACAGAUCCACAUUGUAGGACACUGACCACAUUUUCUUUCAAUGGCAAGAGUAUAUUUCCUGUUGAAAAUAUAAUUUAUCCAUCAGAUGGAAGAUAUGUUAGUAACGUAUCUCUGAGCUUCCAGACUGUCCAACCCUCUGCAUUUAUAUUACACUUGGGAAACAGCACCUCAUUUUUCAGACUAUACAUACAGGACGGCAAGAUGUUCUUAGCUGCCUAUGUCAACAGUCAGAUGAAAACACUUCUGAGUUUGCCACAUAAGGUUAGCGACGAUCAAUGGCACAGCAUUGAAAUCAUUUUUACAGAAAUUCUUACCCUGAAGCUACUGGAUAUCUCCUGUACUGAAAAAUGUAUGAACAGCUCAAGCAGAUAUAUAAACAGUAGUACAAAUGGUUUUGUGUUCCAGAAAAUGUUUUUGGGAGGGGACAUUUCCACACUGGAAGCUGAUUUUGGGAAGGUUGUUCUGGAACAGCCUUGGUUUGUUGGCUGCAUUAGGGAUGUUAGGGUGGAUUCCACAGUUGUUACAGCAGAAGUUUCGACGUUUAGUAAUGUUGUGAUUGGAUGUAAGAGAAGGGACCACUGUGAGAGCAAUCCUUGUCAAAACAGAGGCGAGUGUGUUAACCAAUGGCUUAACUACCACUGUGAUUGUUUUAGGCCUUACAAAGGGAGCAACUGUUCAUCAGAAUAUGAAUCUGCAAGAUUUGGCCUUGGAAAGCUGACAUCAUAUGCUAUAUUCCCUGUUACCAUUAACUGGAGUGAUAAUAUCACCAUAUCUGUAUUUGUGAGAACACGUCAGCCAUAUGGAAUAUUGUUAGCUUUCUGGAACUCGUCUUCUUAUGAUAUUGUCAUGUCACUUGAAGGUGGAAGAGUAAUAGUGAAGACCUCCAAUUACUUCAUAAUGAAAGGUGAAAGCAUCAUCAAUGAUGGCAAUUUCCAUCUGGUCUCUCUGGAAGUAACUCAGAGCACAAUGGAACUUUUUGUAUCAUCACAGUCACAGGAUUAUAUCUCUCUGGAUACACCAAGAUUGCCAGACCUAAGUGUACUUUACGUGGGAGGCCUGGAGAAUGCCAGUGAGACAUCCCAUAGAGGAGGGUACUUCAAGGGUUGUCUUCAAGAUCUUAGAAUCCAAGGGAUAAAGAUUGGCUUCUUUUCCAGUUCUGAAUUUUAUAACAGAAAGGGAAUCCUGAGAAAUGUUACAGUGGGCUGUGCCAGUGUCAAUCUCUGUGAGCCCAACCCAUGCCAGAAUGGAGGGGUUUGUUAUUCCACCUGGGAUGACUUUACCUGCACCUGUCCCCCUAACACUGCUGGGAAAGCAUGUGAAGAACUAGAGUGGUGCCAGAUUGCCCAGUGUCCUCCUGGUGCUCUAUGCCAGCCUGUAAACGGUGGCUAUGAAUGUCAUGCCAAAGCCUUUUUCAGUGGAAUAAGUCAUGGAUUGACUUACAGGAGCAACGGGAUGAUUGUGAGACAUCUCACCAACUUGACUCUUGGAUUCCGCACCAGAUGUUCCGAAUCAGUGCUGCUGCAUGCGGAGAAAGAACCAGAAGUCAUCACUAUUUCCAUCCAAAACUCCCAACUUGUCUUUGACCUGCAGAGUGGUAACAAUGUUUAUGCAGUGAGCCUAUCUAGCAAACAAUCAGUAAGCAACAACCAGUGGCAUGAUGUCACCUUCUCCAUGACUGAACCAGGUUCCCAGUCCUCUAGAUGGAUGAUGGAAAUAGAUGACAAAACAGACAAAAUUGUCAGUUCAGCGGCUACAGGAAACCUGAACUUCCUUAAGGACGGCACAGAUAUUUAUUUGGGAGAACACCAUAAUAGUUUAAUAAAGAAUUUCAGUGGAUGUCUUAGUACAGUGGCCAUUGGAGGCAUACAUCUACCGUACUUUGAAGACAAAGAUUACCAUAUAGCUAAACCACAGAGAGAACAGUUUGUGAAAAUUUCAGAAGCCAAUGUUAGCACUGGAUGCUUAUCUUACAAUCCCUGCGCCUCACACCCCUGUAUGAAUGGAGGUACCUGCCAUGACUUUUAUACCCAGCUAGUCUGCAAUUGUCCAGCAGGAAAAACUGGGACAUUUUGUGAAAUAGACAUAGACAAAUGUCUCUCCAACCCAUGCUUACACGGCAACUGCACUGACGGUGCUGGAGGCUACGUGUGUGAGUGCCAUGCUGGUUACACUGGAAUUAACUGUGACAUAAACAUCUGUAAUGGUCGUCUUUGUCCUAAUGGGGCCACAUGCUUUGAAAGUCCUUCUGGCUUUGUCUGCCUCUGCCCACCUAACGUCACGGGUCAGUUCUGCAGUUUGUUCUCACCGUCUGAAACAUCAGCUCUCAGUUUGGUAAGAAUAUAUCACAAGUUGCCAUCAACAUUCUGCGGGAAUGAGAAGAAAAAUACCACAUGUUACAAUUACGGUAAUUGCACAGUGGAAGGUGGGGAGCCAAGAUGUACCUGCUUGCCAGGGUUUGUCGGAGAGAGGUGUGAAGUUGAUGUUGACGAGUGUGAAUCAGAUCCCUGCUUGAAUGGAGGGUUGUGCCAGAACCUACCCAAUCGCUUUCACUGUAUCUGUGAUGUGAACUUCGCCGGGGACCGUUGUGAGAUUGAUCAGCCAGAUUCCUAUCCCCCUGGAGUUUUCACAGCUGUGGCCUCGGUGGUUCUGGCAUUUUUCUUUGCUGUCUGUGCCGGUGUUUGUAUCUUCAUCAUAGUUUCAGGGAUGAGGUCCAACCAAGGAACCUAUAGCCCAAGUCGCCAGGAGAAAGAAGGUUCCCGAGUAGAGAUGUGGAACAUUGUCCAACCACCUCCAGUGGAGAGACUUAUUUGAAAACCAACUACCUGUUUCUUCAUUAUCAAACAUGCUUUACAAACUACUGAAGUGCUAGCCCGACCUCUGGAGCUGAUGGAGCUACACAAUAUAUGUACUACACCUCAUUUUCUAAAUACAUAUAUUUUUAUUUUUUAUGUUUUUUAAGUCUUUAAACAUGGCCAAUGUGCUCUUAUUUUUUCAUACACGGAGGGAAGUAGGCCCUUGCUUCAAUCACAUGGUUAAUAGUUUUUAACAAUAA